UACCCGAAGAUUGUGACAAUGCUGGAAUUCAUGGAUUACGUCCAACUGGCGUUCGCCGAAGCGACACGCUGGAACCAAGACAACUCCUAUUCUUCAUUAACUGCCAUAGCUGAAUCGCUCCUUGAUUUCCACGUACCCGAACGAUUACAAGUCCAUCUAUCGUCGCUCUCUACACCCCAUUUCGCAACUUCGUAUACACUCGGCACAGUUGGGUUGAUAGACGGCUCAGUUUCAUAUCUAUUCAGCACUGUUCCGUUAAAUAACACCCCAUCACAAAGCGGAGUCAUUCCAUUACGACGAUUAGUCCGUGGUUAUAGACAAAUCGAAGCUCCUGUCCCGCCAAUUCGGAAUUGGGGUUGGGAUGCAAUACCAUCGCAUGAUUCCUCUCAGAUUAUAGACAGCGCAGAUAUUAAUCAGGAUGAUAUCGUUCGGAAAGCGACCCUACUACAUGCGACGCUUCAUCUACCACCUCCCUCCACACUAAAUGCGCUGUUCCAGCGUCGCAUUUCUCCCACGACACAAAUCACGGCCGCCUUGGUUUCAACACAGGGUCCUCCGUUAAUCAAAUCGGCACCAUCCGCAGCGCUGCUCGCACAGAUAUCUCAUGAUACUGGAACCUUUAGCAAUGAAUAUCUAUUCAGCACCGACAAUGCGCUCUUCGGGUGGCGCGGUCUCUGGAACAUAGGCCUUGAUCCAAGUCCAGGCAAACAGUCUACAGACAAGGUAUCGCUCCUUUCUGCGGGUGCCGAAGCAUACUAUUCUCCUAUUUCGUCCCUGGUCGGGCUUUCCACUGGCCUAAAGUUUACCACAUUGCCAGCAGCUGGGCGAGCACUGUCGUCCUCGUCGUCAUCAUCACCUGGUAGUAACCCCAGUCCUAUAUCGAGUUUCCCAUACACCCUUACCCUCACACUCACACCUCUUACCGGCUCUUUAUCUACCACAUACUCAGCCCGUGCGUCGCCCAAUCUUGCGUUCAGCUCCCGAUUCGGGUUCAAUGUAUAUAGUUGGGAAAGUGAAAUGGUGGCCGGAUGCGAAAUUUGGCGCAAGAGUCCUCGCACUCAACCUGCCGAAGCGGAUGAUGGUCUUGACUGGGCACGACGCAAGAUGGGUAUUGUCAAAGAAAGGGCAGCAGAGAAAAUAUCAGCACUCUCUUCUUCAUCUAGUACCCCACAAGCAGUCGAAGAAAGCGAAGGAGAUUCCGUCGUUAAAAUCCGAGUUGAUCAGUCUUGGAACGUCCGACUACUCUGGGAAGGACGAGUCAAGUCCCUACUUGUAACGGCAGGAGUGUCACUUGGACCAGGAACCUUCACAGCACUAUCAUCCGGACCAGCCUCGCCGACAUCGUCUUCUGCGCCAGUAGCAAUGGCAGGUGCACCACCCACCUCGAGGCCUUCAUAUUGGCAAGGUGUAGGGGUCUCUAUUUUAUACUCAUCAUGA